UUGACUGGUGAGUGUGUUGUCUCCUCGUGUCCAGGGAACAGAGUCUCACCUACCUCAUGUAUGUGACUGAUGAACCCGAGGAUAACUAGGCUCCUCAAAGGGGCUUCUGGUUCAUAUUAUUCACGGCACUGAUGAAUAAUAUUCAGAAUAUCGUUAGUGGAGCAGAAUACAAUUUGUUUUAACAGGAGUUGCUGUAUCAGUGGGGUUAUUCAGUGCAAGGCGUCCUGAAGACUCCAACUUCCGCGACGUGGACGAAUUAACUAGUACUUACCAAUUUCUGUAACUAAGAAAAAUUGUUGUUACGGUUCUGUUGGAAAAAGAACCGAAACUUUGUUCAGUUUCAACUUUAUUUCUGAGGAAAUGAUGACGUGGUGGAAGGUGGCGUUGGUAGCAGUGACGACGGUAGUCUGCAUGGUAUCAAAGGCUUCCGGCGAUAUCAACGAAACCAUUAAGGAUAUUUACGAGAACCCGUCGAAGGGGGAGGUGGCUAUUCCCUUCAGCUACGACCCUGCGUCUACGUCCUUCAACACCACCAUAUCCUUCACGUGCCCGAUCUUCUCCUUCACUCUGCCCGGCGCCGGGGACUUCUCUCCUGCAGGCAUCAGCUUACAGUCCUUCGGCGGUCUUACCUUCAUAGGGAUCUUUCUGCUUGGAGGUUUGGCCAUAGCAAUAUACACUACCAACCAGAAAGCCACAGGACCCGCCAGAGAGAUUUCUGACGGGUAUAGCCUCGGGGAAUACUUGCUUAAUGGUCUUAUCACGGAGUCUCUCACCGUCAUGCCCAUCAUUGUGGACAAGAACUGCGUCAAGCAGGCCAUCUGCGAAGCCUACGUAGAUUCCAAAAGAUUCGGCUUCCUAACAUUACCAGUCAGGCUCCUAGUGCCGUCCCCUGGACUCGACGUACCUGAGGAGAAGCUAACGGAGCUGCAGAAGGCCGCCAGGUACGCCGAAGAAGGAGGCGAGGAUUGCCAUUACGAGUUCCCUUGUCUCCUCCAGCCUCUUGAUCUCAUCCUCUUUUUCUACGACUACUUGCGUGGCCACAAGUAGGCGUCCGCAAUCACGAAGGCAAUCGGCGCAACCAAGCUGAACUUCUACAGCAGUCGGCAAGAAAAUUAAUAAAGUUUAGGAGGGCAGUUGAAUUCCUCCGGACGGCUUCAUGGCGAGAACGCUCGGUUAUAAAAUAAAACUGUCUAACAGUGACUGGACGACUAAUAGUAUAUAGAAAAUCGAGUCUCCAUCACAUGCACAUUGAGUAAACACCAGUGUGAUACUUCAUGAUGUAAAAUCAGUGGCUAGUAUCCAAUAGUCAGACUUCAUGAAGUAAAAAUCAGUGGCUAGUAUCCAAUAGUCAGCUACUAGUCUGGGCAUUUUUAAGUAAUCUAGUGGCAUUUGAAUAUUUUACAGGCAUAAUUUAUAUUAAUCAUUCCCUUG